ACUCAGACAAAAUAAAGAAAUGGUGAACAUGAGCACGGGCGUGAUCUUGAGCAUCCCAAUGAUCGACAUGCAGAAAUUUCCAGAUGAAGAGGAGUACAAGAAGCUAAGAGAGGCAUGCGAUGAAUGGGGAUGUUUCAGAGUGGUAAACCAUAGCUUACCCAAGAGCUUAAUGGAGGAGAUGAAGAAGGUGGCAACGUGUUUGCAUGAUCGUCCAAGAGAGAUCAAGAAACGCAAUGCUGAUGUUGCUAAGGGAAGUGGCUACACAUAUCUUCCUAUAAAUCCACUCUAUGAAAAUAUGGGUUUUCAUGACUUUGGAUCCUCUCUUGAUAUCGAUACUUUCUGCUCUCAGUUGGAUGCAUCCCCUCAUGACAAGGAAAUCAUGAAGGCAUAUGGGAAAGCAAUUCAAGAACUAGCGGUGGACAUAGCCAGAAAGAUAAACGAAUGUGUUGUGGGACUGGCGAUGCAAUUUUAA